AUGUGGUCGGUUAUCGUGUUGAGAGUUGAAGCCCUAAACGCAAAGGGAUACAAGAACCAAAAACGGAGCGACAGCCGACCGAAAAAAAAAAUUAAAUAAAAUUUAGACACAAGGAAGCGAUCGAGGGAAGAAAAUGGCGAGGGUAGUAGGACAGUUGCUUAGCAAUCGCAACAAUCCCUGCCGAGGUCUUCUCCAUCAUCUGAAGCAGCAGCAGCGUCCUUGCAAUUUUAUCCAAACCCAAACCCUAAUUUCGGCCAGAUUAUCAUCACCAGAGUCAACUCCUUCCACUAAAGAAAGCCCCUUCAACAUUUACAACCUUCAUGAAUUUGCGAAAGAAAUUGUGUAUGGCCGGCCUCUGCAUCCACCCACAGGUCCCUCUCAUGUUAUCCUUACAUCACCGGAUAAGCUUGAUCGCGACAUUCGAAAUAUUUCUUUUAGGGGUUUGUCAGCAGUUUUCUACAUGACUGGGCGCCGUCGUCCUAAGAGGAAGCUUGUCGAUUCAGUCCUUAUCAAUUUUAGCGGGCAGUUCCCACAUGUGACAAUAUAUGAGAUGGUCCUUCCCAAGGAUUACAUUGGACGUACAAUAGGCCCAUUUCAUUUCACAACUUUGCCAAUGUUUUUUUUCUAUGAACGUGGGGAAAUGGUAGAUGAAGUGGUUGGUGCUGACGUCGUUGGCUUGAGAGAUACAUUGGCAUAUCACUACGGUUGGGAGGAAUCUGAAGAUAUUGUCACAAUUGGAAGCGGAUCGACUAUCGCAAAAACUACGACAAAAGUUUAUGAAGAUGAGAAAUAGGUUGUUGAUUAUGAGAUGGGGAGAACCAAACUUCAUAGUUCAGUUAUGGCAGAUCUGUUAACGGAUUUGGAUGGUAUGGCGUAAUGAAAUUUGGCACUCAAAAGAAUUAUAAACUUGCUAAUGGUUAUUUUACUCAGUAUGUCUAUAGUCAAACGAGUGAAUUUGUCAAAAGUAGCAAGUUUCACAUAGGUGGUUAGUUCCCUUUGUAGAAUGUGAAGAAUUCACUUAAUACAAAAUUCCUUUUGAAAAAUAGUAAAGACAUUUGUUUCCGCAAUAAAACUUAAUUAUAAGCGUCUUAUGUGUUAGAAUGAGGAACUAAAUGUGUUGUAACCAUUGUGUGUAAAUAUGUAAAAAGUACUUAUACAAAACAUGUACAAAGUAUUUAUAAAAUGUACAUAAUAGUUGUUGACAACUCUA